GCUCCCGCAUUGGAGAAGGGGCCGGGCAGGUGCCUCUCGCGGCGUUUGUCUUUGCAGAUCCCAAACGCGAGAUGCCGCCGGUGCUGAUGGAAGAGUUUUAGGAGGGAGAUGAUGACAGGCUGAUGAAAACCAAUCAAACAAUGAAGUAAUCAUAAAUCCCCGGUGCCAGCGGCAAGGCUCGGAGGACGCGGGAGGAGCUGGAGGAUGAAGUAGCGGAGCACCACCAUGAGCGCGGGUUCGAUUGAGCAGGAGCCGUCGCGCAAGCUGGCCUGCUGCGGGGUGCCCCUCAUCACGGAGGACAUGCAGUCGCUGGCCAUCCGCACCCUCUCGGGCACCGACAUCAACAAGCACUACGACCUCAUCCGUGAGCUCGGCAAGGGCACCUACGGCAAGGUGGACCUGGUGUCCCACAAGAGCACAGGCACCAAGAUGGCCUUGAAGUUUGUGAACAAGAGCAAGACAAAGCUGAAGAACUUCCUGCGCGAGUUCAGCAUCACCAACACGCUCUCCUCCAGCCCCUUCAUCAUCAAAGUCUUCGACGUGGUCUUCGAGACGGAGGACUGCUACGUCUUUGCUCAGGAGUACGCCCCCGGUGGGGACCUCUUCGACAUCAUCCCGCCUCAGGUGGGGCUCCCCGAGGACAUGGUGAAACGGUGCGUGCAGCAGCUGGGCCUAGCCCUGGACUACAUGCACAGCAAGAACCUCGUGCACCGCGACAUCAAGCCCGAGAACGUGCUGCUCUUCGACCGCGACUGCCGCCGCGUCAAACUGGCCGACUUUGGCAUGACCCGCAAGGUGGGCUGCCGGGUCAAGCGCAUCAGCGGCACCAUCCCCUACACGGCGCCCGAGGUGUGCCAAGCCGGCCGCGCGGAGGGCUUCACCGUGGACACCAGCAUUGACGUGUGGGCUUUCGGGGUGCUCAUCUUCUGCGUCCUCACCGGCAACUUCCCCUGGGAGGCGGCCUCGGCCUCAGACACCUUCUUUGAGGAGUUUGUGCGGUGGCAGAAGGGGCGCCUGGCGGGCCUGCCCUCGCAGUGGCGCCGCUUCACGGACAGCGCCCUGCGCAUGUUCCAGCGCCUGCUGGGAGCUCCUCUGCUCCUCGGGGACGUGGCAGAGCCAGAGGAGCGGCGAGAGCGAUCAGGCCCCAGCUCUGCUCCCGCCUGCGAGCGGCUCCACGUCACGUGUGAGCUUCGUCUGCUGCUGACAGGGAAGCAGUUGCACCCCUAA